AUGAACCUGGAGCCUCCGAAACCAGAGUUUAAAUCAGCAACCAGAGUGACUGGAGGCCCAGCCACACCACGCAAAGGCCCACCCAAAUUUAAGCAGAGGCAAACUCGCCAGUUCAAGAGCAAGCCACCAAAGAAGGGCAUCCAGGGAUUUGGAGAUGAUAUUCCUGGAAUGGAAGGCUUAGGAACUGAUAUCACCGUUAUCUGCCCUUGGGAAGCCUUCAGCCACUUGGAGCUGCACGAGCUGGCUCAGUAUGGCAUCAUCUGAGUCCCUCCAAUUCCCAUAGUCCUCUGUACUCCCCCCUCCUAAUCCAGACCACCUGCCUGCACCUGGGCUCCAGCGGUCCACUCACACAUAAACCUU